AUGCAACCAUGGCUGCGGGUGUCCCUGCUGCUGUGCGUCUUCGGAUUCUUCCGCGAGCUGCGCGUUUCCGAACCAUUCGUCACCGAGUUCCUUUCGGGCGAAUGGCGGGACAUUGAGCCGGAGCAGCUGAACCGUGACGUCUAUCCGAUCGGCACGUACAGCCAGGUCGCACUGUUGGUGUUUAUGUUUCUGCUCACGGAUGUCCUCAGAUACAAAUCGAUAAUUGUAUUUUCCGCCUGCUUGGGCAUCGUCAUCUGGUCGCUGCUGCUGUGGACGGAAUCGUUGGCUGCACUGCAGGUCGUACAAGUGCUGUACGGUGCCUACAUGGCCUCGGAGGUUGCCUACUACACGUACAUCUAUGCCAAGAUUAGCCGGGAAAAGUAUCAACAGGUGACUGGCAACACACGGGCCGCCAUCCUACUCGGCCGCUUCCUGUCCGGUGUAAUCUCCCAGAUUCUGGUUUCGACCGGUGCCAUGAAUGUACGCGACCUGAAUUACAUUACACUCGGCACGCAAGCCUUUUCUUUGCUAUGGUCAUUUUUCCUGCCACCGGUAAAAACGAGUGUUUACUUCUACUCUCGCGACGAGGACGUUAAACCGACCACUGGAGCAGUGGCUUGCGAUCCUGAUUCUCAGCACCAGCACGAACAACAGCAACAGAGUGGUAAUGCAUUGGAACAUUCCGCGGAAAAUGCAUUGGAUGUUUCAUACAAAUUUUCUACCAACGAGUCUCCUGAUAACUCCCCCUGUGACCAAAGCAAAACCAUCGAAAAUGGGGAAUUGAAAGAUGUACCGGUGGCCACCCAACCAAAGGCACGCUUUUCCGCCUCACGCGCGGUACGACUUCUGUGGACACAUUUCAUUUCCGCCUACCGGCAGCUACCCGUCGUCCAGUGGAGCCUAUGGUGGGCGCUGGCGAUGGCCGGUUUCAUACAGGUGCAGGUGUACGUCCAGCUACUGUGGCACGAAAUCGACCAGGACCAGGGCACGCUGUUCAAUGGUGGUGCCGAGGCACUGCUAACGCUACUCGGUGCGAUAAGCGCCCUGGCGGCCGGUUACAUCGCAAAUCGAAUCUUCGAACAGUGGGCCCUCUGGAUUUUGACCGUGUGCUCCGGGCUGCAGGGUGGGCUCAUCUUUUACUCCGGCUUUGCCACCAACAUCUGGGUGGCGUACGUGCUGUACAUCCUGUUCGGCACACUGUACCUGUUCAUGGUCACUAUGGCAAGCGCCAUCGUGGCAAAGUACCUCGAGGAGGACAGUUUUGGGCUGAUCUUCGGCAUCAAUACGUUCGUCGCGAUCGGGGUACAGGCGCUGCUAACACUCGCCACAAUCUCCGAACGUGGCCUGAUGCUUGACCCACGGGACCAGUUCAAGGUGUACGGUGGCUACUUUUUGGCACUGUCGAUAAUCUACCUAAUUGCUGCCAUCGUCGCCAGUGUGUCCCGGCAGUGGCCCCUGCGACGAAAGGAAGCAACCGCAACCAUCCCAGAAAGUUCACCAGCUCCGGCUACCACACGGUGUGAAUCGAUGGCCGUAAGUGGCCGAAUGGAAUAG